UACGCGGUACGCGCUCGAAAUACCAGUCAAUGAAGAAAUAAUAAAAUCAAAAAGUGAAAAAAAUUACAAAAAAAGUCGUUGGCUUUUUGUACGUGCGAAAAGAAAAUAAAAGUGCUCGGAAUUCAGUGUGGUUGUUGUAGAAAAGGUACAAAAAAAAAUAUUUCGGUAUAUUUUUGGGUAGUGAAAGAAGUCAAAAUAUGCAAUGCAUUAGUAUGUCCAACGUUUGAAGGCCAAAGACAACAACUAAAAAGUUAUACCUAUGUAAUAAUUACAAAAACAACAAAUAGCAAUAACAAAAACAACAAUAAGCCGACUCUGCUUAGUGACCAACUAUUUCGUAUGCGUUAAUUUGUGGCAAAGUAAAUGGUAAUUGUCAUAAUAGUAACAACAACAACAACAACAACAACAGCGAUAGUGACAAUAACAGCAACUGUCAAAACGGCUUUAACGCAACACAAGCAAGCACAUCAGCAAUGAUAAGUGAAUAAAUAUUUAUUUAAAUGAGCGCACAAUGAAAUGCUGAAGCGCUGCAUUGCUUAAUCGAUAACUACGGGGAAAAAAGUAGAAAAAAGUGCAAAUAAAUAAAAACUAAAUAAAUAAAUUACGAACAGUGCAGGCGGACAGAGUGCCGCGGCGACGUAUGUUUGGGAAAGACCAAAAAGACACCGGAAUGUCUCAUCAAUUGCGCUAAUAUUCGGGAGUAUUAAACACUUGUACGUAUGCACAAGUAUAUAAGUGAUAUAAACGCAAGUAUAUAAGAGGUAUAUACCCUAUAUACAUGCUAUAUAUAUAUUUAUGUGGUAUAUAUAACAAAAUGUACCGCUAUUGACGAAGAACUUUUCGGCCAAACAGUCUUUCAGUGCGCAAAGCGAACGCCUGCUGCCUAGUUCUUGCCAAACGUUAAGCGGCAAACAGUUUGAGCGCCACUGUGCGAAGAAAGCGAAGGAAAUUGAAAUCCUUUUAACUACAGCGUGUUGUAAGAAAGUGAUUUAGCAGCUAUUUGUCAUAAUUUGAAACUUGAUUGAAAAUUUUCAAAACAAAUUGAAAAUUCUUAAAUUACUUAAAAAAUUUAAAUUAAUUAAAAAAAUCCAAAAAAAAUUGAAAAUUAAUUUAUCAAGUGCUGGCACAGUUUUGUUUUAAUUUAAAUAGUUUUUGAAAAACAACUGCUGCCGAAUUUGCUGCUUGGAUGCAUUUUAGCUAGCAGCAGUGGACGGACAACGUUUGUAAAUAUAAAAAUUAUUAACCUCCUGGACAGUGUACACUCUCAAAGAUGGCUGUCAACGCGCCGAGCUCGAAGCGCAGCGCAAUGCAACAAAUCUUUCUAAUCUUUACUUGUUGCAUUUUUGUCUGCUUGCCACUUGUUGUUGUUGCACAACAUAAUAAUUCCGUUUACUAUGCCAACGUGAACAGUACCAGAAAUCCAACAACACCACACAUCUACAACAACAAUAUAAAUGCCAGUGAUAAAGCAUUUCCAGAGGAUAUAGAGUUAACUCGAACUUCGAACUCUAGUACUUACCGUUACGAUGAGUAUGAAGACGAAUUGGAUAUGAACUUUCGAGAUAAGGAUUACGAGUUGUACGAAUAUCUGCGACGCACUUCGGUUAUUUUCGGCUUGGCGAGCAUGGCGAAUGGCAGUAAUGUGAAUACAGUUUGCAGUCGACAAAUGAGACAUAUCCAACAGGGGAUACUGCGCAAGGAGCCGUGGGCCAUGAAAGUGCUCGACGCUUCGGCAACCAAACCUUCAGGCUUUGUAUUUGGUCAGAACUUCUGGCUGGGCAGCCGUGAAGCUUGUGGCGCCGUCAAGAACCCCGUCGCCAUUACACUCUCAAAGAACUAUCAACGUAUUAUGCAUUAUGCCAUCAUCACCGAACGUGCACCCUUCGAUGUGGACUAUCGUGUAGUCUAUUUGCGUCAUAAUUCACCCUGGCAGGUGGAGAUCAAAAUGAUGUCGGAGGAAAUUAUUCACGUCGGACUCUGUUUGCCCAGCGUUUGUGCAUCACAUGAAAUCGAAGAGUUGACGCGCUCGUAUUUGGAACGAGGACUUUUCAUUGAGAAUGACAUAUACGAUAUACGACCACAGUUGGUUUAUGUGAAAGAUCUCAAGUUGAAUAAGAGUUUCUUCGAGAAACGCACUUUCAAAAUGAUGUCCGUAUUUCUGGCAUUCACGAGCUUAAUGCUCUUAGUUGCGGCAUUUCUGCGCGUGAAACCUGUUGUGGAGGCGAAGAGAGAGCAGAACUCGUCGAAGGUUACGCAAGAGAGUUCGGUUGAUGUUGCACAGCAGCUGCUACCCACCAAAGACAGCAAGGAACCGCCGAACUCAGCUGCAGCUCCUUCUGAUUGCAGCGCGCAUUCGAAUUUACGUGACUAUGUGAAGUGCUUUGACGUCUUGGACAAUUACGAUAAAAUGUUUACGGUGAGGGAAAAUGGUAAGCGUGAGAUUCCCGUUAUAAAUGGCUUGCGUUCGGUUUGUGCGAUGUGGCUCGCGGCUUUCCAUGUAUUCUGGUACAUGUACUUCACGGUGAACAAUAAGGCCUUCUUGAUUUCAUAUGCGGAACGGAUUUUCUUUCAAUAUGUCAGUUCGGCACCGCUCUUGGUGGAUGUCUUCUUCACUAUAAGUGGUUUCCUGCAGGCCUACAACUUUAUACGAAACACCAAACAGAUGGAAACGAUCCGUGCCAAUAGUCUUCUGCAAAAUGUGAAAUACUUCUUCAAGUUGCUCUUCCAUCGCUAUCUGAGACUCGGCCCGCUAUACCUAGUGAUGAUGGGCACAGUGGACUUAUUUUUCGCCUACAUCGCCGACGUUUCAGUUUACCAUAUUAGCGAGCGUUUCGAUGAGAAAUGCACGCAAUAUUGGUGGCGCAAUUUGAUCUUCAUACAGAAUCUGUUCGAUCACAAUGACAUGUGCCUUAAUUGGACCUGGUCAUUGGCAUGUGAGAUGCAAUAUUAUGUGCUAGCGACCAUACUACUCUUCACCUAUGCCAAAAACCCACGCUUGGUCAAGGGUUUUACGGCGGCCAUUUUAGUUGGCACCAUUGCUUGGAGUUACUCAAUUGGUUUGGAUACAAAAUUUCAACUAUCCUUCGACUCUGUGCUUGCCACUGGCACGGAUAUCUACAUCAGUCCCUUCGUACGCAUUUUGCCAUAUGUACUAGGCGCCGUUACCGCCUGGUAUCUGCUGCAGCGACAGUCCCAGAUCGACAUCAGCGAGUUGAAGGAGAAAUGCUUUUGGAAUUUAGCCAUUUUCAUAUUCUUCACCUGCAUCUAUUCGACAAUCAAACGUGAUAUGUCCGUAUUUUCGGCGAUUACUCUCUUCAUUGUCGGACGGUUGCUUUUCUCGCUGAGCGUUUGUUGGAUGAUUGUGGGCAGCGCGACCGGACGUGGCGUUUGGUGGUCGCGCAUUUUGGAAGCCAAGGUGUUUCAGCACAUCAAUCGGGUCACGUAUGGCAUUUAUUUGUUGAAUCCCUUCGUCAUAGCUUUCUUCUUCAGCUUGACGAAUGCGAGUACUAAUGCGGAUCCGCUGAUGAUGUGCGUAGUGACAUCUGGAUUUGUUGUUAUCAUUUACUUAGCUUCGGUGGUGUUCUCGCUAGCUUUCGAAAUGCCCUACUGCAAUUGGUCCAGCUUGAUGCUUAAAAGUGGCCGCAGCAAGUCGAAACGCCUAUAACUGUGCUAUUAAUUGCUGAGCUUCAGUUUUAAAUAGUGGAUUUUGUAUAUAUGUUUUUGGCUAUUAGAUAGACGGUGUUAUUGUGGAUGCGGCAUAUACAGGAAGAGUGUUAGAGCGUUGUAUAUGCUUAUGAUUUUUUUCGAAUACCCUGUCUCCUUGUAACCUUGUAAUGCCUUGGGCCAAUUAAUUUAGUGUCGUUUUUAAUUUCAUAUUUAAUUCAUUGUGAUCAUAAUCCAUCCAAUUGGGUAGUUAUAUAAGAUAUUGAUGUUGUACAUAUUAUACUAUAUAUAUAUAUACAUAUAUAUGUACAUUGGUAUAUAUGUGCCAGUAUAUGUAUAUAAGCUUAAUUUACAUGGAAUAGUUUUAGAAUGACGACUUAAAAUUUGCUCUUUUCAUUAAGUGCUGCAAAUGACAUACAUACAUAUUAUUGUAGGUAAACCUGUAUAUACUUCUUAUAUUCUUAUAAAAUUUGGAGCAAAAAACGCAGUUGUAAAUUUUUUGCGAUUUUUCUAAAAUAUUUGUUUUGCCAAAACUUUAUCUCAUAACCGAAAAUAGGCUUAUGUUAAGUUAACUCCAUAGAAGGAGUAGAAUAUUUGUGGUAUGUAAGCAAUAAAAGGCAAAUAUAUGUACAUAUAUGAAUAUAUUGCAAAAUGGUGAUUUAAAUAUAUAAUAAAUAUAAAUUUGUAUAUA